CUAGGAACCAAACUCCCUCCCCUUAACCCUUCCUUGCCCGGCUGGGAGAGGGAGUGUGUCCAUUUGGCCUCUUCUUCUUCCUCCUUCUCCUUCUGAAAGAAAAAGUGAUUUUUGGCUGAGAAUUUUGGAGUAGACCCUGUUCAGGGAUUUCUUUCCCUUGAAUGAAGAGGGAGAAUAAGCAUCUUGGAUACGGUUUAGUUUUCCAUCAAACAGUGGUUCCAACAUGGAGAGACCCAACUCACCUGGACCUGAAGCAGGCCGGCCCCCUGGGACCAGUGGGGAAUUAAGGGAAAGAACCACACAGAAGUUCCUAAAUGCGCACAUGCAGCACCAGCAGUUCAGGCAGCUCUCCUACCUAGAGGGCAAUGGACCCAGAGAGGUUUGCAGCCGCCUCCACGAUCUCUGCCGCCAGUGGCUGAAGCCAGAACAACACAGCAAGGCUGAGAUGCUGGACCUGGUGAUCCUGGAGCAGUUCCUGAGCCUCCUGCCCCCAGAGAUGGGGAGCUGGGUCCGAGAGUGUGGGGCAGAGACCUGUUCCCAGGCGGUGGCCCUGGCGGAAGGCUUCCUCCUGAGUCGGGCAGAGGACAAGAGGCAGGAAGGACAGGGCCGAAAUAACUGCAUUGAAGUCCACCCUGAUGUCUCUGAAUCAGAGAAACCUCCAUCAGACACAAUCCAGAGUCUCCAGCAGAAGGAACUCAAGCAGGAAGGAGAUGGGACUGUAGCCUUGGAGGGGGCUGGAUUGAUGAUGUUGACGAAUCCACAGUCAUUUCUUCCCCUUUGUGGUGGAGUGGAACUGAAUCAGGUCCCAAUUACUUUUGAGGAUGUGGCUGUCCAUUUCUCCCUGGAGGAGUGGGCUCUUCUGAAUCCUGGUCAGAAAGUCUUGCACAUGCAGAUCAUGGAGGAGAUUCAUGGGAUUGUGGACUCUCUUGAAAGAAAAUGUGAUUUUUGGCUGAGAAUUUUGAAGCAGAACCUGUUCAGGGAUUUCUUUCCCUUGAAUGAAGAGGGAGGAAAGGCAUCUUGGAUACGGUUUGGUUCUCCAUCAAACAGUAGUUUCAAUAUGGAGAGACCCAACUCACCUGGACUUGAAGCAGGCAGGGCCCCUGGGACCAGUGGGGAAUUAAGGGGAAUGACUACGCAGAAGUUCCUGAAAGCACACAUGCAGCACCAGCGCUUCAGGCAGUCUUAUUACCAAAAGGGCGAGGGACCCAGAGAGGUUUGCAGCCGCCUCCACGAUCUCUGCCGCCAGUGGCUGAAGCCAGAGCAACACACCAAGGCGGAGAUGCUGGACCUGGUGAUCCUGGAGCAGUUCCUGAGCCUCCUGCCCCCAGAGAUGAGGAGCUGGGUCCGAGAGUGUGGGGCAGAGACCUCUUCCCAGGCGGUGGCCCUGGCGGAAGGCUUCCUCCUGAGUCGGGCAGAGGACAAGAGGCAGGAAGAACAGGCCCAAAAUAGCUACAUUGAAGUCCACCCUGAUGUCUCUGAAUCAGAGAAACCUCCAUCAGACACAAUCCAGAGUCUCCAGCAGAAGGAGCUCAAGCAGGAAGGAGAUGGGACUACAGCCUUGGAGGGGGCUGAAAUGAUGUUGUUGCUGAAUUCUCAGUCCUUUCUUCCCCUUUGUGAUGGAGUGGAACUUAAUCAGGGCCCCAUUGCCUUUGAGGACGUGGCUGUCCAUUUCUCCCUGGAGGAAUGGGCUCUUCUGAAUCCUGAUCAGAAAUUCUUGCACGUGCAGAUGAUGGAGGAGAUUCAUGGGAUUGUGGACUCUCUUGAUAACGGGGAGAAGAGCAAUGUAUGCACCAGUCGCAGGAAGCAUUUUGGGCACAAUGGGGGCCUUGAUAUACACCAGCAAGCCGACACUGAAGAUGAAGAUUCUGUUAGAGACAGGGCCUAUAAAUGCAAUGUAUGUGGGCAAUGUUUUACCCAAAAUGUGGUACUUGUGCUACACAAGACACUUCAUGCUGGGAAAAACCAUCUUAAAUGGAAAUUAUCAGAAAAAUGUGUGGUUGAUGAAAAAUUGCCAGAUCUGUGCCAACAACAAAUCUUUGAAGGAACCGAGGAUUUCAUAAGCCAGGAGUGUGUGAAAUCUUUUAUCCAGAGUUCACACUUGGUGAAACACGAGGCAUUUCACACAGGACAGGAACCACACAGAUGCCAGGAUUGUGGGAAAUGUUUUGCUUACAGUUCACAAUUGGUGAGCCACAAAAGACUCCACACAGGAGAGAAGCCAUACCAAUGUCAGGAAUGUGGGAAAUGUUUUGCUGACAGUUCAGCCUUGGUGAGGCACAAAAGACUCCACACGGGAGAGAAACCAUACCAAUGCCAGGUUUGUGGAAAAUGUUUUGCUGACAGUUCAGCCUUGGUGAGGCACAAAAGAGUCCACACAGGAGAGAAGCCAUACCAAUGCCAGGUUUGUGGAAAAUGUUUUGCUUACAGUUCAGCCUUGGUUAGCCACAAAAGACUCCACACAGGAGAGAAGCCAUACCAAUGCCAGGAGUGUGAUAAAUGUUUUACCUACAGUUCAGCCUUGGUGAGGCACAAAAGACUCCACACAGGAGAGAAACCGUACCACUGCCAGGAGUGUGGGAAAUGUUUUGCUCACAGUUCAGACUUGGUGAGCCACAAAAGACUCCACACAGGAGAGAAACCAUAUCAAUGCCAAGAAUGUGGGAUAUGUUUUGCUUAUAAUUCAGCCUUGGUGAGGCACAAACGAUUCCACACAGGAGUGAAGCCAUACCAAUGCCAGGAGUGUGGGAAAUAUUUUGCUGACAGUUCGGCCUUGGUGUGCCACAAAAUACUCCACACAGGAGAGAAACCACACCAAUGCCAGGAGUGUGGAAAAUACUUUGCUGACAGUUCAGACUUGGCGAGGCACAAAAUACUCCACACAGGAGAGAAGCCAUACCAAUGCCAGGAGUGUGGGAAGUGCUUUGCUUACAGUUCAGCCUUGGUAAGGCACAAAAGAAUCCAUGCAGGAGAGAAGCAAUACCAGUGCCAGGAGUGUGGAAAACGCUUUUCUUACAGCUCAGCCUUGGUGAGGCACAAACGACUCCACACAGGAGAGAAGCCAUACCAAUGCCAGGAGUGUGGGAAAUGUUUUGCUGACAGUUCAGCCUUGGUGAGGCAUAAAAGACUCCACACAGGAGAGAAGUCAUUCCAAUGCCAGGAGUGUGGGAAAUGUUUUGCUCGCAAUUCACACUUGGUGAGCCACAAAAGACUCCACACAGGAGAGAAGCCCUACCAGUGUCAGGAGUGUGGGAAAUAUUUUGCUUACAGUUCAGAACUGGUGAGCCACAAAAGACUCCACACAGGGAAGACGCCAUACCAAUGCCAGGAGUGUGGGAAAUAUUUUGCUCGUAAUUCGCACUUGGUGAGCCACAAAAGACUCCACACAGGAGAGAUGCCAUACCAAUGCCAGAAGUGUGGAAAAUGUUUUCCUCAGACUUCAUCCCUUAACAAUCACCAGAGAAUACACAGAGGCCAAAAAACAGCCUUUGUGGGUAAACAUCUGAUUUCAAACAAGACUUUGGCUGAGGAAUUUAGAGUAGAGCCUGUUCAGUUGAGAGAAGAGGGAGGAAGAGCAUCUUGGAUCCAAUUUGCUUCUUCAUCAAACAGUGGUUCUACAAUGAAGAGAUCCAGCUCACCUAGACUUGAAGCAGGCAGGGCUGCUGGGAGCAGUGGGGAAUACUGGGAGAGAACUACGCAGAUGUUCCUAAAUACGCAUAUACAGCGCCAGCGCUUCAGGCAGUCCUCCUACCAAGAGGGCGAGGGACCCAGAGAGGUUUGCAGCCGCCUCCACGAUCUGUGCCGCCAGUGGCUGAAGCCAGAGCAACACACCAAGGCUGAGAUGCUGGACCUGGUGAUCCUGGAGCAGUUCCUGAGCCUCCUGCCCCCAGAGAUGGGGAGCUGGGUCCGAGAGUGUGGGGCAGAGACCUCUUCCCAGGCGGUGGCCCUGGCGGAAGGCUUCCUCCUGAGUCGGGCAGAGGACAAGAGGCAGGAAGAACAGGCCCAAAAUAACUGCAUUGAAGUCUACCCUGAUGUCUCUGAAUCAGAGAAACCUCCAUCAGACACAAUCCAGAGUCUCCAGCAGAAUAAGCUCAAGCAAGAAGAAGAUGGGACUACAACAUUGGAGGGGGCUGGAAUGAUGUUGUCGACAAAUCCACAGUCGUUUCUUCCCCUUUGUGAUGGAGUGGAACUGAAUCAGGGCCCAAUUGCCUUUGAGGACGUGGCUGUCCAUUUCUCCCCGGAGGAGUGGGUUCUCCUGAAUCCUGAUCAGAAAAUCUUGCACAUGCAGAUCAUGGAGGAGAUUCAUGGGAUUGUGGACUCCCUUGUAGAUAAUGGGGAGAAGAGCAAUGUAUGCACCAAAUGCAGAAAGCAAGCCCAUAGUGAAGAUGAAGAUUCUGCCAGAGGAAGACCUUACAAAUGCAUUGUAUGUGGGCAAUGUUUUACCCAAAAUAUGGUACCUGUGCUUCACAAGAUACUCCGUGCUGGGAAAAGCCAUCUUAAAUGGAAAGUAUUAGCAAAUUGUGUGGUUGAUCACAAAUUGCCAGAUCUGUGCCAAGAAGGAACCGAGGAUUUCAUAAGCCAGGCGUGUGGGGAAUUUUUUAUCCAGAGUUCACAUUUGGUGAUACAUGAGAGAUUUCACACAGGACAGGAACCAUACAGAUGCCAGGAGUGUGGAAAGUGUUUUACUUGCAGUUCAAACUUGAUGAGGCACAAAAGACUCCACACAGGAGAGAAGCCAUACCAAUGCCAGGAGUGUGGGAAAUGUUUUGCUUCCAGUACAGAUUUGGUGAGGCACAAAAUACUCCACACAGGAGAGAAGCCAUAUCAAUGCCAGGAGUGUGGGAAAGGUUUUGCUGACAAUUCAGCCUUAGUGAGGCACAAACGACUCCACACAGGAGAGAAACCAUACCAAUGCCAGGAGUGUGGGAAAUGUUUUGCUGACAGUUCACAGGUGGUGAAGCACAGAAGACUCCACACAGGAGAGAAACCAUACCAAUGCCAGGAAUGUGGGAAGUGUUUUUCUUCCAGUUCAGACUUAGUGAAACACAAAAGACUCCACACAGGAGAGAAGCCAUACCAAUGCCAGGAGUGUGGGAAGUGUUUUGCUUCCAGUUCAAACUUAGUGAAACACAAAAGACUCCACACAGGAGAAAAGCCAUACCAAUGCCAGGAGUGUGGGAAAUGUUUUGCUGACAGUUCACAGGUGGUGAAGCACAAAAGAUUCCACACAGGAGAGAAGCCUUACAAAUGUCAGGAGUGUGGGAAAUGUUUUGCUGACAGUUCAGCCUUGGUGAAGCACAAAAGAUUCCACACAGGAGAGAAGCCUUACAAAUGUCAGGAGUGUGGGAAAUGUUUUGCUGACAGUUCACACUUGGUGAGCCACAAAAGACUCCACACAGGAGAGAAGCCAUACCAAUGCCAGGAAUGUGGGAAAUGUUUCACUUCCAGUUCACACUUGGUGAAGCACAAAAGACUCCACACAGGAGAGAAGCCAUACAAAUGUCAGGAGUGUGGGGAAUGUUUUGCUUCCAGUUCACAGUUGGUGAAACACAAACUCCACACUGGAGAAAAGCCAUACCAGUGCCAAGUGUGUGGGAAAUGUUUUGUUUGGGGUUCAUUCUUUUUGAACCAUCAGAGACUACAUACAGGAGAGAAAUCAUCCAUAGAUUUGGGACAAAAGUAAUAAAGUGAAUUGCAACAGGGAAAUUCCAGUUGUUGUGGUCAUUCUGGUCCUAUACAUUCACCAUUUCCCAAAGAACACGUGUGAUUCCCUUGGCUGCAGGUAGCACGUGGUUUGACUUUAGAUUGAGCUCUUAGUCAAAUCCCUUCUGAGGACUUCAUCUCAUUGAAGCAGGGAAGUGUUUGGUUCAGUAUUUUAAAUAAAAAUAGAUGAUUUUCUCCUACCUUCAUCACACUGUUAAAUCUAUCUGUCUUACUCAGUUGUACUCAGUAGAAUUGCUAUCACACUGUAGAGAUUAGGCACCGCCCCCCAUGCCUCGCAAUAUCACAUAGGCAAUAUCAGAGAAUUUUCUUAGCAUCCUUAGUCUGUGCAAAACAGAUUAAGCAUGUAUGUAGUCUCUGAUGGUUCAAAAAGAAUGAACCUCAAAAAGGCUGCGAAGAAGGAAGUGAGGAGGCAGGAAGAAAGAGAGGAAAGGGGAAUUAGGAAUUAGUUAUUAGGUAAUGAAUAAUGAAAAUUACAGACUGGAAUUUAAAUAUGACAAACAUAGAAACAAUCAAAGAUCUAUUAGCAGGAAGGAAGAGAGCCUGGUAUGUUUACAAUUGAACAAAUGCUCAAUAGACAUAAGAAGGAAGUAUAAUGGGGGUAAAAAUUAUAUGAAAUUUGAGGGAAAGAUAAUCCAAAGAGAGAGGAAAGAAAGAAAUAAAAUAAUAAAAGGUACAAUAAGUGAUAGUUAUACAUUAUUACUAGAAGAAGAACAGAAACAAGAUCAUCUUAAAGAACUGUGGAAAUAAGAUGUAGGAAAAACUUUAAAUAUUCAAGAAUGGAAAAGAGAAUGGAAUAUGCGUAUCUUAAAAAUAUGUCUAUAAGAAUUAAGGAGAACUACAUAUUAUAAUAUAAUUUGGAGGUGGUAUUUAACCCCAGUUAGAUUAAAUCAAAUAGACAAAUAUGUUAAUCAAUGCUGGAGAGGCUGCCAGGAAGUAGGCUCAUAUGCAAAUUUAUUUAAAAAUUCUGGGAAACCUUUUUUUAAAGAAAUAAGGGCAAUAAUAAAAAAUAGAGGAAAAAAUGCACAAUAAUAGCAUUGUUAUCAAUAUACGACAAGACGAUAUUUAUACAAGCAGAAAAAGAAUUGACCUCUAGUUUAUUAACGGUGGCAAGAUUAAUACAGUAGUUGCAAAGAAUUGGAAAGAUAAAAGGUCAACUCAUUAGAGGUAUAGAGAAAUUUGGAACAUAGCGAUCAAUGACAAACUGACUUGUGAUAUUAAAGUAAAAAGGGUAUUUGGAAACAAACAGAUUUUUGGGACAUAUGGCUGUGUGGUCCUUUGAUGGGAAUGCAGAUUUCCAAUUAAACUGCAGCUCUUUUAACAUUCCAUGCAUUUGUGUGGCUAUACCCCUUUUGUGGGUUCUUUGAUGGGAACAUAGAUAUCCAAUCUUACUGAAGCUCUUUUAAUGUUCCAUGCAUUUUGCUGGGGAUUUUGCCGGGAAGUGUUCAGAUGUGCACAGAAUAAAAGAGUUCAGUCCAGCUCAA